AUACUGGUUAUAAAUCUGUUUCAUUGUAAUCCAUUACACUUUUGAAUUGGAUAAGAGUGAAAAGAAAGGAAUAUUGCAGGAAAAAUGGCUCCCAAACGUCGAGCAAAAGUUGUAGUGAGGUCUACUAAGAAAAUCGUUAAGGAAACUGUUCAAGUAGCUGUGAUUGAUAAAACAGAGGGAGACAACAAUGGUGAUCAACAACAGCUGGAUACGGUUCCUUUGGAAGACAUAGAAGAGGCAGAAGAAAGGGUAAUCACUGAAAUUCCCAUACAAGGGUCAACUGAAGACAAAGCAGAAAAAGAACCCCACAAAGUAGAAGCUCCAGGCGAAAAAAACAGAGUGCAAGGAGAAGAGAAAACAGAGCCAGUUCAUGAGGAAGAAGAACCGAGGAAAGAAGAAAAGAAAGGAAAGAGAAAGAGAAAGAGAGGGAAGAAGAAAGAAUUGGUGGGGCAUGAAGGGUACAAGACGUACGUUUUCAGGGUACUGAAACAGGUUCAUCCUGGAAUGGCGAUUUCAUCCAAGGCAAUGUCGGUGAUCAACAGCUUGAUGAACGACAUGUUCGAGAAGAUUACGAACGAGGCAACCAAGCUGUCACAGUACACGGAUAGGAAGACACUGUCUUCGAGGGAGAUUCAAGGGGCAGUGAGAUUGGUUUUGCCAGGGGAGCUUGGCAAACAUGCUGUGGCUGAAGGAAGUAAAGCUGUCACUAACUAUGCUUCCUACGAUAUAAAACGCUCCAAAUUGGUUUAGUUUUUCUAGGAUGUAUUACUCGAUUUUAGGUAGGUUUUGAUGUUCCUUGUUGUUGCCACCUUUGAAUUUUGUUUUGUACUAUAAUUAGGAGGAGGUUGUAUUUGUAUCUGUAUGCAAGUUUGAUUUAGGUUUUCUAGGCUGUCUUAGUGGACAUGUUUUCUACAACUAUCAUGUAACAAGUUGUUCAUUUUCAUGGCUUGCUUUAAAUGUUUUUUCUAUUAUUAUAUAUAUUUUUACAUUAUAUAUGAUAAUUUACAAUUAUUUUGAUGUAUUAAAAA